CCUCGGAAGAAGGGGGGCACAGCAGCAAAACUAGAAAAAAAAUGUUACAAGACGGUGGCAUAAACUGUGAGGAGACAUAUAAGAAUUUCACCUAACACAACACAAAGAUGUACUAUAAUUUCAGUGCAUUACUACCCUAUUGUUUUCUUUCCUAACUCCCUCAGCAUCCUUGAAAUUUCAACACUUCAUUUUUAAAUUUAACCAUAUCCUUGAAGAGUUUCAUUGCACCAACUUUUUACUCUUUGUUUUUUUUUUGUGGAAUCCAUGGGCAAGACUAGGACGGCAUGCCAUCUUCUGUUAAGGUUCUUGGUCUUCUUGGCAACGUUUGCAGCGGUGAUUUUGAUGGCUACUAGCCAUGAGACAGCUACCAUCUUCACAGUGACCUUUGAAGCAAAAUACACCAAUUCCCCUGCCUUCAAGUACUUUGUGACUGCAUAUUCUGUUAUCACUGUCUAUGGAUUUUUGGUGCUCUUUCUUCCUGCAAAAAGCUUGCUAUGGAAAUUAGUGGUGGCCUUGGAUUUGCUGUUCACCAUGUUAGUCGUCUCAAGCUUCUCUGCAUCUUUGGCUAUAGCUCAGGUGGGAAAGAAAGGAAACAGUGAUGCAGGUUGGCUACCAAUAUGUGGCUCAGUCCCCAAAUAUUGUGAUCAAGUGACAAGAGCUUUAAUAGCUGGUUUCAUUGCAAUGAUUAUAUACAUAAUUCUUCUGUUGCAUUCCAUUAAUACUGUCAUAGACCCUCUCCUCUUGAGACAAAGUUGAGCAACUUUUUGGGGUCAGAUGUGUUAGAACAUUGAGAGUAGAGUGUGUGGUAGGUCAUUAGUUGUUGAACCAAAAGUUUCAUUAUGCUUCACAUUAGUUUUACUUCUUCUUUUUUUUUUGUGGUUUUCUUUUUUCUUUUUACUUCCCUUCUUUCUAGCUUGUAAUAUUUUCUUUGGCUGAAAUGUGUUUUUCAAUUUUCAUCCUUUAAAA